AGAGAGCCCUACCUAGCGAGCCAUAAAUAAACCUAUGCCCACCUUCCAUUUUUCAGGGCAGCUAGAUCAAGCCUUUCAUCACUCCUCCCAGAGCUCGCCCAAACUAACCCCAUGGCCAAUCUCGAAAUCAUCCGAUCCCCUUUGCCUGAGGAGAACAACAACUUCAACUUCAGCAACCUCUACCUGUUCCACACCCCUCUGGGUCCAAACAGGAACCAAUUUGGAGUGACAAGCUCGGAUUCCGCUACCGGUCUGGGUUCGAUCAUCGUCAACAACUGGCCGAUAUACGAUGGAGCUGGCCCAAACGCCGCCAUUGUUGCCCGUGCACAAGGCAUGCAUGUCUAUGCUGGUAACUGGAACAAUGUUUUCAGCAUAGUCUUCGAGAUUCAGAGGUUUAAGGGGUCAACGCUUCAGGUGAUGGGUAUCUCGGUUGAAAAUGGUGAGUUUGCAAUCGUUGGUGGGACGGGUCAGUUUGCCAUGGCAAGCGGUGUCAUCUACAAGAACUUUCAUGAGCAAAGGAGCGAUGGCAACAUCAUACGACUGACCAUCCAGGGAUCCUCCCCCCUGCUGAAAGGGUGGUCGCCACCGCCGAGCCAGGUCACAAAGAUUGGGCCAUUGGGUGGAGAUGGUGGGGUGGCUCAGGACAUAACAGACACACCAGGACGUCUAGAAAGUAUCACUGUGCAGAGUGGUGUGGUUGUUGAUGCGAUCUCAUUCUCAUAUGCUGACCAAGCUGGUAAGAAGCGCACCGCAGGCCCUUGGGGUGGUUCAGGCCGAUGUUCCCACACGAUUCAGCUUGGCCCUUCUGAGUUCGUGAAGGGGAUUUCCGGGACAGUUGGCCUCUACCGCUCGUGCAACGUCAUAGCAUCCCUCACCAUUGUCACCAACGCCAAGACGUACGGGCCUUUCGGACUCGGAGACGGGACCCCUUUCACCGUCCCGGUGGAAGAUAACCACAGUGUUGUGGGCUUCUUUGGGCGUAGCAGCAGAUAUCUUGACGCGAUUGGCGUUUAUGUGGCAACCACAACAAUGAACCAGGGCUGCUGUGAUUUCUAGUUUCCACUGUGUUCCUACAAUUAUUACUGAAUAAGAUGGGGAUCUUAUCAUCUUGUGCCAGUGAUCCUUCCUACUUGUAAUACUUUCUUUUAAUUAUUUGUUUCAAUACUGAAUGUUGAAUGAUGCGCCAGCUGAAUUCGUCUUGUCAUGGAGAAAAAGAUAGUAGAAGAACACAAUAAAUGUUAUCAUCA